GUGGGAGGGAGUGAGGUGUGUGAGAGAGUGUCGUACUAAAGUGUAAGGUUGAUUAUAAAAGUUAUUUUUGAUGCUUCAUAAUAAAAUUUUCUUCACUUGAGUCCACCGUUUUUCACUUUCUCUAUUUUUUUUUUUCUCUCUUUGUCAUUUAUAGUGAUUCCUUUUCUUGCCCCUCAGCUGCUUGCUCAAUUGGUUCCUCAGUAUGGACAAGAGGUGGGCUGAGGCAGCUCGAGAAGGAAAUAUUCCUGAAUUGUAUAAUCUAAUCCAGGAGGAUACAGAUGUCUUGGAAAACAUCGACAGGAAAGCUUUUGUUGAUACUCCGCUGCACAUAGCUGCUUUACAAGGGCACAUUGAAUUCGCGAUGGAGGUUAUGAACCUGAAGCCAUCUUUUUCUAAGAAGUUAAACAAAGAUGGUCUUAGCCCCAUGCACCUUGCUGUGCAAAAUGACCACACGCUAGUGGUGAUGUGGCUCAUAGAUGUUGAUCGAAACCUUGUCCGUGUCAAAGGAAAGGGAGGUUUCACUCCUUUGCAUUAUGCAGCUGAAAAAGGAAACUUGAACAUUUUGAGAGAAUUUUAUAGAGGUUGCCCCGAAUCUAUCAAAGAUGUUACCUUUCAAGGCGAUACUGUUUUUCACAUUGCAGUAAAGAACCACCAAAAGGAUGCUUUUGAAUUGUUGUUGAUGAAAUGGCUUAGGUGGUCUUCAUUCGAAGAUGCCCAUUUUUGGGAAAGAGAGCUCCUUAACUGGAAAAACAAGGGAGGUGAAACCGUGCUGCACAUUGCUGCUUCGGAGAAUGGAUGGAAUAAUCAACGCCAGGUACUAAAAAUGUUGCUGCGAUGUCGUGCUAGAACUGAUAUAGAAGAUCUUGCUGGUUUGACGGCUAUGGAAAUCCUGAGAGACCAAGUUCGAUUAACGGAAAGACAAAUUUGGAAUAUGCAAGCAGCCGGUGCAGGAUUUUUGUUUCCAUUAAUAUUAUUUUAUAAAAGAGUGAUAUCUCUUGCACAUUCAGUCCGUCAGGAAGCUCAGACACCGAGAUCAAGGCCUUUGGAGUGGAAAUUAUGGCGGAGGAGGAAAUGGAAAUCCAGUGAGAAGCGCAAUAUAGAGCUGGUAGUUGAUACACUGGUUGCAACAGCCGUCUUCCAGGCAUCACUGAGUCCACCUGGUGGACUUUGGCAGGGUACUGCUAAUGCUGAUAUUAAUUCGCCUAUGCGCGUCAAUAACUCUUCAACUACUUCUGCAGCAACUUCUACACACUUCACGGGUACAUCAGUAAUGUCUAGGACCGACUUUCAUAUAUUUUUCUUUGCAAACUUGGUCUUGCUCGCCGUAACAGCUUGUCGAAUGACCGCACAUCUUAUGCAUGACGACGGCGGACCAUCAUUUAGUCUUUUAUCUGUUAAUUGGGUGAUUUUUUCUUACUUGUUUUCAUUGACAAUCAUAACACCGAAUAAGGAAAAGAUGGACUCUAGCAUCUUUAGGAUUACUCUUUAUAUAUUUGCUGUAUAUUCCCUUAUUGCAUUAUUCGCAGUAUAUUUUGUUAAGUACAUAUCAGUACCUAGCGAGCCUAGAGUAAAACCAAGAAGACGUCGCGUGAAAAUUCGUGACAGGAAAGAAUGGUGGUAAUGCAUAAAUAGACGUCACCUCUCGUUGUUGACGUUCUUCUUUCAAUACCAGCUUAGUUAACUAGCUUUGCCCGUGAAUGUCUGCAUGGAGAAAUUAUUUUAUGUAAUGGUUACUUUUUUGUAUGUAUUGCCAUAUAUAUUGGCGAAUUAUAUUUAAAAUUACAAGUUAUUUUUGUAUAUUAUAAGGAU